AUGAGUUCUCGAGGAGCUAGCAUAGUUCCAAGACAGUCAACUGCUCAAUCACCAAUAGCUAAUGCAGGUUCACCAUCAAAUUCAAUAUCUUCAUCGGGUUCAACUCCAAGAAGUAUUGCAAGUCCAAAUAAUCCACAAUCACCACCACAAAAUAAUAACUCAGCCAUGUCACCACCACGUCAUAAUUCAAUAACGACUUCAUCAACAUCAGCUUCUUCUUCUUUAACAUCUACAUCAUCAAUAAAAUUAGGAGUGUCUUCAAUUAUGACAUCAAAAGAAUGGGUUUUACCACCAAGACCAAAACCAGGUAGAAAACCAAGUGUUGAUACUCCAGCAUCUAAGAGGAAAGCACAAAAUAGAGCAGCACAAAGAGCAUUUAGAGAAAGAAGAGCAACAAGAGUUCAAGAAUUAGAACAAAAAUUAAUGGAAGUUGAAAAAGAAAAAGAUAUAAAAGAAAUGGCUUUAGUUAAUACAAUUAAUAAAUUAAAAGCUGAAAAUAAUUUCUUAAAUAAAAAUAUGGAACAAUUAAGACAAGAAAUGAGUCUGUUUAAAGCUUCACAAGAUCAAAUGAAAAUACAAAUGCAACAACAACAACAACUUCAAAAUCAACAAUCAUCGCCAUCUCAACAACAACAACAACAACAGCAACAUCAUAGCCAAAAUCAAUAUCAACAAAUACAGCCAGCACAAUCAAAUCAUAGUAGGAACAGACAAUCUAUCAGAAACCAAAACCCUAUCUCACAACAGCAGCAGCAGCAACAACAACAACAACAGAUUGUUAAUAAAAACAAUAAUUAUAACCAACCAUCACCAUUAACGACUGCAUUAUCCCCUACAGGAUCAUCAUAUUCACUUCAACAAAUAUCACCUGCCCCAUCUGCUGAUCUGCCAAUGACCAAUAGCAUUCAAAGAGAUUCUGUUUCUCAAAGUUAUACGAAUUCAUCUAAUAGUGUAUUGACACCUUUAUCUAAUAACACAACACCUGAUAAAUUAUUACCAUCAUCCAACUCAAAUGAAAUAGAUUCUUCAAAUUUUGAUUGUGGUAUAUGUAUAAAAGAUGAAUGUUUAUGUGAAUCGGUUGGUUUAAAAGAUCCAAAACCCAAAUCCAAUGAAAUAGAUAUACAAUUACAAGAACAAAUCAAUUCAUUUAAAACUCAACCGCCAGUACAACUUAAAAGAAAAAGAAAAGCCCAAACCAAUUCAGAUAUAGAAAUUAAAGAAAUCGAUUUUACUAAACAAUUUGCAACCAAAGCUAGACCAAUGCCUGAUUUAAAUAAAUUAAGAAAACUGUCAAUUAAAAUUUCACCUAUAAAGAGUAAACCAUCCUCAACUGAUAAUUUAAUAAAUUCAGAAUUUAAUGAAAAUUCACCAAUGGAAAAUUGUGGAUUUUGUUCAGAUGAUACUCCUUGUGUUUGUAGGGAAGCAGCAAAAGAAGCAGCAAGAAUUAAUGCUUCACUUAAUGAACAAAAAAGUAAUACAAUUAUUGAAGAAAAUGAAGAUGACUUUGGUGAUUUACAAACCAAUAUAAAUAAUAAUAAUGAUGAUAAUGAUGAUGAUAAUCAUAAGACUUCUUUACCACCAUUACAAUACAAUUUAUCAAAUACAAAUAUAAUGAAAUCGUCUUUACCAGUAAUGCACCCAGGACCAUCAGUUGAAAUACGAGAAAUAACAAAUUUAACACCAGGCGCAGUACCUACAGUAAUACCAAGAAGAUCAGAUGAACAACAACAACAAAUGGAUUCAUCAGAAGAAGAAAAUAAUGAAGAAGCAACCAUUGCCGCUAAUGAUAAUUCAAAGGAUGGAUGUACAGGAAAUCCAGGUACAUGUAAACAAUGUCAAAUGGAUCCAAUGUCAACAUUAUUUUGUACAACAGUUGCAUCAAAAUCAAAUGAAUAUUCAAAUAUAAGACCAAAUCUUUCAAGAAGAAAUUCAAAAUCUUCAUUAACUUUAAAUUUUGGUGGUCCUUCAACUCCAAAUAAUAAUAAUAAUAAUGCACCAAGUCCAAUUCCUCCACCAUUAAUUGCAUCAUCAUCAUCAUCAAAUAACAACAAUAACAAUGUUUCAAGUCCUGGUCCAUUAACACCAGGUGGUACUACUACAACAACUAAUGGAGGUAUGUUUAUACCAUGUGCAGAUGCUUAUAAGACAUUAUCAAGACAUAAAAAAUUUAAUAGUGUUGAUUUUAGUACAUUAGUUGGAAAAUUAACAACAAGAGGUAUGCAAGUUGAAGUUCAAUCUGUUGCUAAUGUUUUAAGAGAAUUAGAUAGACGAGUUUAUAAUUAA